AUGAUAAAAAUGAAGAUCAGACACAACGACUGGUGGAGCCGACGGUCAUCACUGGAAAAACGACUCGUCAUCUCUUCUGUUAUCCUUUUCUCGGUUUCAGUAAUCCUGACAUCGAUUUUGGUAUUUCUCGAUGUAAGCCAUGAUUUAAUGGAGUUUUAUAUGAGUGACAAAAAACAUCUUUUGGACUCUAAUGUUGUGAGAGUUCUCGGCGACAGAAGACGUGAUAAAAAUAUGGGAAAAAUAAAUAAUAAACCAGAAUAUGAUGUUUGCUUAACGCCGACGUGUGUCGGCGCCGGUGUUAUCGUAGAGGCGAUGGAAAACCAAUUUAGAGUUGAAGAGACGGCAAAACCUGAAGAUCUGCUUGUGUUUAAAAAUAUCAAAAAAAUGUACACCUCUUGCAUGAAUUUAAGCCAAUUAAUGCGUUUAGGAGACGACCCGUUAAUCGGCAUAUUGUCCUCAUUGGGCGGAUGGCCUGUAGUCGAGGGCUCUCUUUGGAAAAGUGAUUCAUUUGAUUGGAUCGAUACUAACUUAAAGAUGAGAGAACUUGGAGAAGUGAUGCCCGGAGUUGGGGACAGGAAUGUCAUGUUAAGGGGUUUGGAUGAGCCAAACGUGAAGGCAUACUAUGAACUACUGGUCGAAAGCGCUCUACUUCUUGGAGGAUGGACACGACCUCAGGAGGAGAGCCGAAACACCAAAUGGAUAAGACUUUUGAGUGGCAUUUUCAGGCAAACCAUUCAUCCGAGCGAUGAAGUGAUUGUUAAUAACCCUAAUUAUGUCAAACAAAUUGAUCGCAUGCUUAUACUAACGGAUAAACGGGUUUUAGCGAAUCAUAUGAUAGCGGAUGUAAUCCUAUCUAGUCUUCCACUAUUACAUCCAAAAUGGCUUCAAUUGUAUGACUUGUAUUCGCAUCGGAUUACCGGCCGAAAGGCAGUGCCUCCGCGUUGGCACGUAUGCACCAAAUCUGCCGCUUCUCUAACCGCAGCCUUUUCUGCGCUUUAUGUCCGCAAAUAUUUCCAUAAAGAAAGCAAACAUAAAGUCGAAGAAAUGGUUAAUUUUAUUCACAAAGAAUUCAUAAAAAUGCUAAAUAGUGUUGAAUGGAUGGAUGAGAAGACUAAAGAGAAGGCGUUAGACAAAGCGAAAGCUAUAACUAGUUAUAUAGGAUUUCCCAAACAAUUGCUGAAUGACAGCCAAAUCAGACAAAUAUAUGAAAAC